UACGAGCACACACAUGUCGCGUGCGCCUUAAUGUCGCUCGAAGCGCCACCUGGCGGACAAUAGCGAACUGCUUAGGCAUGAGCCACGACCCCUGCCUGAUUGACAGUAGGACAGUUGGUGUUGUGUUGUCAUUUGGCCCAUCAGAGGAAGUUCUGGCUGGGAAGAGCGCCAUGAUGGACCAAAUGACAGCAUAUGCCUCUGCCCUAAGAAGGAAAAAUCUUUCUUUUUGGAUUUUGACUGUGCAGCAAGCCGGAGGUGAGCCGAGAAGACAACUGGAAGUGAGCCUAACGAACAUAAAAAGUAUAAGAAAAGUGCAGCUGCCGCCGUGUAGUGUUGGUGUUGUUGUGUUGUAUUGCUACAAUGACUGCAUAGCAAGUGCAUGAUAACCCAUAAGAAAAAUACCAUAGUGGGAUAAAACCUCUAGAAGCCCAAAGUUGAAAAGGGCACUUUUAUUUUAAAUUACAAACAAGAAAAAUUAACUGAAUUCCAAAAAAAAGGAGAAACAAAAAAAAAUAAUAAAAAAAAAACAAAGAGGAAAACCAAUUUAGAAAAUUUCGAAUCCUUUAUUACUGAAGAAAAAAGAAAUUGCAACAGCUAAACAAAAAAAAAAGCAUCUUACAAACUGAAUUACCAAAUAACCUUAAAAUUACCAUAAAAACUAUUCUUAAAACUACAUUAAUACCUAACUCUAAAGAGUGAAAAAAAAGGAACUGAAUUAAAAACACUUAUUGGAAAAUAAAUUUCAAACUAAAGAAAGAAACUUAAUUAUAAACUUAAAAAAAAAGGAAAAAAAGACUGAAUAAAUAACUAAAGCUUAAACUAAAAUUUUGAAUUAAAAGUAAAUAAAAAAAAAACGCUGCUCGCCAACGGCUCAUCUCCUCUGCACCAGCGUGGGACCUCCUUCAAAAGCGCUCGCAGACCGCAGUGCUCCAGUUAAAAACGGAUAUGGCGGAUGGCGGCGAAAGCAGUAUCAAUCUUGAUUAUCCUUUAAAAAUGGUGGCUUCAAACGCUUCAAAUUGGGUAGUUAGCGGUUAUAAUUCUUUUGGUCAGCUGAACCCGUCAUAUAGCGGACAAACUAUUCAGCAGUUCCAAGAAUUUCAACCGCCUUUUGAAUCUAAUUCUUUAUUGCUGUCAUGCUCAUGGAGUUAUAUAGCAGUCGCAGAUGGGUGCUCUUUGCAGUUACAUGGAUUUGUUUCCGGUGGUAUUAAAAUCAUAAAGAGCAUAACAACAGACAUUUCGAUAAAUUCAUUAGCUUCUUGUGAUAAUUUCUGUUUAAUUUUAUUGGAAAAUGGAAAGGUGUAUAAAUGCUCUUUGCAAAAUGACAAAGAAAAAUUGGAAGAAGUGAAUUUUCAAAGAAACCUUACAAUACCAGUCGAGUCAAACUUUCAUCAUGGAAUACGUCAUGUAGCAUGCGGUAAUAAGAUCAUGGCGGCGAUUGGAACUUCAAAUGAAGUUUUUGCGGGUGUCACACAAGUCUAUCAAUUACCUAAAACUAUUCGCCCGAAGUUAUUAGUGUGUGGAUUUGAACAUGCCCUAUUAUUGACUUUCAGCGGCGAUAUCUAUUCAUGGGGCAAUGGUUUAAGAGGGCAGCUGGGAAAUGAUGUUUCAAGCGUCGAAGAAGUUCCUGUUCUUGUAGAAGCGCUUGCCGGCAUCGAAGUAACACAUAUAUCAGCAUCGGGAUGGCAUAGUUGUGCAAUAUCCAGCUUUGGCGAUCUUUACGCAUGGGGAUAUAAUUCAAACGGGCAAUUGGGCAUUCGAGUAUUCAAAAAUGAAUCAUGUUUUUUAAAAACACCUGCAGUUUAUCCACUACCGCAAUUGAUCGACGUGAUUUGCAGGUGUGCUGGGAGUAAUAGAAUAAAUUGCACUCCUAUUAAGGUUGCUACCGGCGCAAGGCACACUGUUUUACUUAUGGAUUGUGGAUCAAUAUUUGCAACAGGAUGGAACGUUUACGGACAGCUGGGAUCCGGAAAUACAAAAAUUUUGGAUGCAUUUGAGUUUAUCAUGAAUGUAACAUGCAACGUUGAAAAUACUAAAAUUAUAUGUGGGAGUUGGUGUACAUUCAUAGGUUUUUAAUUAUUACUUUCUUUAAUGAAGAAUUUUAUCACUCAGAGAAAUUUGCGAGCAAAAAUAGCAAACAUUUUUGCUAUAACAACAAGAAGUCUUCUGAAAAUGGGAAAGCAGUAAUGUUUUGCUAAAACAGCAAACAUUUAUGCUGCCUUCAGAUUUUAAAAUGUUGAUUGUAGCCUUACAAUGUCAAAUGAUACAUUAAAAACUAAUAUACUUUUUAUGUUUAUAUUUUCCCUUAAUUUUAAAGAUCAGUAAGAUACAAUUUUAAUAAAUUUUCGGCAGUUUAAA